AUGACUUCUGGGAAUCCAGAAAACAUGAAACAUAACAAAGAAAACUCAGACGAGAGAGUUCCCUUGUUAUCAAGGACUCAAGAUGAGAAAGUGAUGACAGAUAAAUACUCUGGAGCAUCCUUUCAUGGCUCUGUGUUCAAUCUGUCAUGCACCAUUGUUGGUUCUGGCAUUAUGAGCCUGCCUGCAACCUUGAAAAUGCUGGGGCUCGUUCCUGGUAUUGUUUUGAUAAUUAUAGUUGCAUUUGUUAUCGAGGCGUCGAUCGAGAUGUUGUUGAGAUUCAGCAAGGCAGGGUGUGCAUAUUCCUAUGGUGAUGCCAUGGCUGAUGCCUUUGGAAGAAUUGGGAAAGUCUUACUUCAGAUCUGCAUUGUUAUCUACAACGCUGGUUCUCUUAUAGUGUACAUGAUUAUAAUUGAGGAUGUGCUUUCUGGAUCAACCUCAAAAGAGGUUCACCAUGCCGGCAUUUUGGAAGGGUGGUUUGGAGAACAUUGGUGGACUAGCCGCGCCUUUGUUCUUGUUGCAGUAACUGUUAUUAUAUUUUUUCCAUUGAUGUUCUUCGAGCGUAUUGAUUCAGCCAGAUAUAUCUCUGUUAUAUCAGUUGGAUUGGCGAUUGUGUUCCUUCUUGUUGUCACUGGGGUCACAACUUUCAAAUUAGUGAUCGGAAGCAUAGAGACGCCUAAAUGGUUUCCGGCUGUUACUGAUUCAACAUCAUUCCUUAAUCUCUUCACUGCAGUCCCUGUUGUUGUCUUUGCAUACAUCUGCCACUACAAUGUUCACACAAUACAGAAUGAGCUUGCAGAUUCUUCCCUAAUUCAAGGGGUUGUUCGGGGUUCGCUUGCUCUAUGUGCGGUUAUCUAUGUAAUGACUGGCAUUUUCGGGUUCCUUCUGUUUGGUGAAUCAACAUAUACUGACUUGCUCUCCAACUUUGACACUGACAUUGGUGUUCCAUAUAGCUCACUGUUCAACGACAUUGUUCGAAUUAGCUAUGCCGGUCAUGUUAUACUUGUCUUCCCAACCAUAUUCUUACCUCUGCGGCUCAACUUGGAUGGCCUCCUUUUCCCCUCAGCAAGGCCCCUGGCUUUGGACAAGAAGAGGUUUGUGUUGGAAAGUGUAGGGCUUGUCCUCAUUUCCCUUGUGGGUGCAAUAUCCAUACCAAAUAUUUGGGUAGCUUUUGAGUUCACAGGAGCAACAAUGGGAGGGUUACUUGCAUUUGUGUUUCCUGCCUCCAUCACUCUCAAGGACCCUCAUUGUAUAGCAACUACCAAGGACAAGAUUGUGUCAGUCUCCAUGAUCAUUCUUGCAGUAGUUUCAAACUUCAUGGCCAUAUAUAGCAAUCUGCGCUCUUUGUUGUCCUAACUGAGAAGAGCACUUGGUGCCUUGGCCAAAUGGAACGAAAGACAAAAGAAAAAGUGACAUCGAAUUUAUUCAUGAAUUUAAGGAUAAAUUCACAUAUUUGUUCUUUGAAAGUGAAGACAAUUUGUUUUAUUCAUUUAUUUAUAUGACUUACCUGAGAUUGUUGUACAAGUUUCAAUGUGAUUGUCGUGUCGUACUAAAUAUCUUGGCCAACCAUGCCACGUGUCGCAAUUGGAACCUCCUGUGGUUUCGAAGAGUAUGUCCGAGGCUUCCAUCAUUGUCUAUCGUUUUUGUUAUGACUUUUGCCUAGGUGCUGAUUACCCAUCUAACUAAACCACAUGUUGUAUUCACUACAAAUAAUGGAG